ACGUUGUUGUGGGUGCAGCAUCCAGAGAUACAGAGAAGACGGCGACAAUGGCCGAUAUAUCACUGUAUCUCACUAACGUUAAUGUGUCGAUAGGACAGAACAUGGCUGUGCAGCAGGCUCCAAACCUGAGUAGGGACUUUGAGUGUGUGGAGCUGGGGGAGCAGGACAAGAGAGAAGAGCAGCAGCAGAGGGAGAAGGUUCCUCGCAGGAUCAUCCAUUUCUCCAGCGGGGAGACCAUGGAGGAGUACAGCACUGACGAGGAGGAGGGAGAGGACAAGGAGCCAGAGAGGAAAGACCUGCUGUCCUCCCCGGUCGAUGCGGUGAGGUCAAAGAUGACUUGGGGUCCCUACUUCUGGUUCCACAUGUGGAGAGCUGCCACAUCCACUAUUUCAGCAUGUGACUACCUUGGGGAGAGGAUGGCCUCCCUCUUUGGGAUUACAUCAGCCAAAUAUCAGUAUGCCAUUGAUGAAUACUACCGGAUGAAGAAAGAGAGGGAGGAAGAGAAAGAGGAAACCCGCUUGUCAGAAGAAGCAGAACGAUCCUUCGACCAGCUACAAUCUCAGGAAGACGAGGACGAGCCAAUCACCAUGACAGACCAACCAGAGGUAUCCGCCACCUCCGCCACCGCUCACCCUGAUGUGACCUAUCAGAUCGAGAAUGAAAAUCAGGUGCCUUCAAGCACCAUCAGAGUCCCUGCUAUCGUCACGGCAACCUAAAAAUCCCUAGAAAAGGACGUUUGAGCUUUCUUGUGUGUUUGUUUAUUAGAGAAGGAACACCAUCUUGUUUCACCAAGCACCGUUUGGUUUGUGUAUGACACAGCUUUAGAUGGGCAGUGCUGCUGUAUGGUGGUUGUUUGGCAAGGACAGUGGUGGUGGAGUUACUCCUCUGACUACGAGGUGUCCCUUUCCAACAGUGUAGCAGCUGAUAAAGUAACUGCUGGAUAAUGUAGCAACAUCUUGUUAUGAAAAACAUACAGUAAGAGUCAGAAGAUGUGCCAGUUUGUCUGCUCAUGCAUUGUGUUGUUUACAUUUUUUGCCCAUUCAGACCAACAGUUUACCAUUUCGGCUCAUUAUUGCAUUAUCCAACACUUGAGGCUUUGUUAGUUGCUACAGCAGCCUCCCAAAUGUGAACGUUUGCUGUGGAGUGAAGGUCAUAUGUUGCUCCCCUGUGCCUCUGAUGGACCGGACACUGUGCCUAAAUCACCAAUACAGCCAAGUCAGUGCCAGAUCUAGACUAAACAUAUAUUUGAAAAUGAUUUGAAGUGUUUAAAGACAUAAAUUAGCCUUUGAUUUUAGCGUGUACACUCAACUUUGGGUGAAGUUUUUCAAAUAUCUGAUGCGUUUAACAGCUAUUUUUUCCAGAUCUGGUCAAAAUGGUGCAUUCUUGAUACACCUGGCUGCACCAAAGAGCUAGCCAUUUUAACACGCCCUCACCUGUUUAAUUGUUGUCUGUAUUAAUGUUUAUUAAGCUUGUAUUGCACUGAAUGUCUGUGGGAGCACUGAGCAGAUUUAGCCUCGGUUAUCAAAUCAUCUGUGGACCACAAGACUAACAGACAUUUUGUUAAAAAAAAAAAACUAUGAAAACGGGUUUAGGUGUUCUAUGUUGCUCUUCCUGUCUGCCUCAUCUACUACAGAACAUACAGUAGUAGAUGUGGUGUGUAGGCCUUUGAUAAUGGCAGGGAGCAUUGUUACACUAAGUCUGUAUAAAGACAUGCAAACUUACAUUUUUAACAUUUUUUGGUACAAUUUUUUAUAUUUAUGUAUUUAUUUUACCAAACUGA